CCGCCACUCUAUCAAUUUCAUCUACUUUAUCAUCGUAUAUUAUAUCGAGAAAGUGCGGCGUGAGAAUUAAUCCUAACCUAGUCAUCGAUUUUGGGGGGGAGGAGGGGAGAGAGAAAAAGGGCUCUUCUAUCCAUCCGCUCACAGCUAAGCUAAGGCACUGUUCCGGUACUAGCACUUAUAGCAUCCGUACAAGUAUCAUAGGUUGUACGUGUAUGUGUCAUGAAAAGUGCUCAGCCUCAAUAACCCGGUUCAAAAGUGCACUUUUUCACUCUUUUUUUUUUGUUGCUUUUUUCCCUUUUCCUUUUUUUCCCAAGCAAAGACCUUGUUGUGGAUAAAUAAGCUUGAACUUGCUGUCUGUAGAGGCGAAGUACUCGAGUAGAGGCUUUCGCAGGGCUGAAGUAGUGAGUGAGAGGGAAAACAUGACGAAGAAUUGGGACAGCGUUAAGGUUAAGCUUCAUGAGUUAUACAUGGAGAAAAACCUCAAGCUCGAUGAUAUGAUUCGGAUUAUGAAGGAGUCUUAUGAUUUUGGUGCGAGCCCCCGUGGAUACAAGAAGAAAUUCAAGCAGUGGGGAUGGUUAAAAAAUGCCCCGAUCCAGGGCGAAGGCCUUCUAGACGAGCCGUCGCUACACUCGCCGAAAGAAUUUACAAAUGCUGUCGAUGGCGGGGGAAACUUUGAGCCGGCGCAAGCGACCGACGGACCGACCCCCGGAUACCACAACAGGUACCCGCCGAUAGACAUAGCUCCGCAAGUCCCCGCCCGGACAGACACCGCCCGCGGGAGGGAAACUCCUGUAAAUCCUUUCACCCAAGCUUUGCCGACGUCCCCGAAGCGGAGAGUCAGGGAACAUGGUAGGCCUUCUGCCCAUCCUUACAGUCGACCACGACAAAACUCGCAGUCGCAACCGGGACAUCAACGUGGACCGGGUAGUCUCGAGAGUAUAUCUGCCAGUCUCACGGGUAUGGGGAUCGAUCCUAUACCUACAGCGGCGACAACCCCUAUAGUAAUGCAUACACCCCCACUGCAAUCUCCGUCAUACCCAUACUAUAUGCCCUCUUCCUCCCCAACUCCGCAGCAAGCAGAGCAAACCAAGAUUUCAUCGAUCCAGCUAUCAACUUUCAAAGCCCAAGUAAUCGACCCAUCGCUCGCCGAGUUCCCCACAUAUCGGCUCAACCCCCCGCGCCUAAAGACAGACUUUAUAGAUGAGAUAUCAAAUAAAGUGCUGCAAACGGCCCAGAAGCACCAUCAAAAGAAUGACUUCUGUUCGGCCGCUGUGAUACUUCAGUUAGGCCUCAGCAAGAUAACACUUAUGACCGUUGACCCAAACGAGUUGUUUUCCCAGGAACCGAGCCACUUAUCAUUGGCCAGGGUGAUGGGUGAGUUUGUGGAGAGCGUGUCGUGGGAGAACGUGUACCUUUUUAGGAACGGCUUCAUGCUCGCUCUACUACUAAGCACGAACUACGAGAAAAUCGGGGAAAUGCAUUUGGCCAUAUACGUUCUCGAGCAGACGUUAAAAGCCGUGCUCAUGUCCCGGGUUGGAAUACUAACCGCCGGCGAGGACGAGGAGGAAACGCUGGAAGGAAUGUUUGAAUUCGCAGACGAGGACUGCAGCAGGGUACUCCGCUCCAUAGUCCGAAUUAGAGAGCUAAAAGAGGGGGGCGACACAUCAGAGCACAAGGCCAUCAUGGCCGGAACCUUCGGCAUACUAGAGCGCUUUCUUGGAGAUUGGGAAGGGGCGUUCGGAGUCCUUGGCGUGCUAAACCUAGGAGAAUUCCUCGACGGCCUGUUAAGCCUUGCGAAGAGGCACAAGAUGGAGACAGCAGCAGUAGGUCAACUCAAGCAGAUACUCUCCAAGGCCGAGAAAGUACUCGUGUCGGGCGGUGGUUCCAUGAGUGUCGCUGGGGACAGCGAGAACUUCCGUUGGAUAUCUGCACGGUACUUCUCCAGGAUCUCGAGGAAGCUGUCGGCUUUGUAUGAGUUAUCUGGGCAAGCCCUGGCAGGGAUUCACUUGCUCAAGCGGGCGACUCGGAUAGUCGGGAGCAACCAUGACGGGCGCCCGUCCAGGAAGGAAAAGCGGGAGAUGUUUGAGGCAACGGCAGCCCAGGCGCGACUGCAGGAGAACAGCGGCCUGUGGGACGCUGCAGAUAAAGCAUGGAAACAGCUUCGGGGCGUGCUGGGCGAACGGGAGGACUUUGAGUUGACUUUGAAGGUCGACGUAGCUAUCGCCGAACUCCUCGCCAGGAACGGACGACAGGGUGAGGUGCUAGUGUUCUUGGAACAUAGGAUCAACGAGUGUUUGAAGUAUAAGAUGCUUGAGCAGCAGCUGCCUAGCACUCAGGCGGCGCUUGAUGACGCCGAGCCAAUUUUUAAGGCCAUCUUGUCCCUGGCAAAGUUAAGGCUUUCCGGGACGGUAACCGUCGCUGUUCCCCCCCCGGCUCUACAGGCGUAUUUUAAUUGGUUACUUGGUAUCAGGGGAUUGGAUGGAAGCGAGAAAAUCGCCAUUGCGCAUAGGACUCUAGAACUACUUACAGAAUUACAGUCCAGUCAUCCGAACCUAGCCUGCGCAAGCUUAAUUGUAUAUGACGAUUUUCUCCCGGGAUUCAUCGACCUCCGCGACGUUGCCGCCCCAUCACUCCCACAAAAUUCCCCUCACCACACUGCCAUCCUCCGCUUCUUGUCACUAAUCUACAACACCGCUGGCAAAGACGACCAGCCGAGGCCCACCAUCUCCCACAUUGUGACCGCGUUGUCAUUACUCUUCGAAACACACCUCUCCAGAACUCAGACAAGCACUGAGAUACUCCUCUACGUCCACAGCCUAACCUCCGUCCUCUGCAGCCCCUCCAAGGGCCGUCUGUGCGAAGAGUGCAAAGUGGAUGAAUUCACCACAGCAGUGGCACUAGCAGAGCACUACGAGCGCCAGGGCGCGGCUCAAGAUGGCGCACGCGUAAUAGCGAGGAUCAUCGAUGAGGCAGAGUCCGAGUUCCUUAUCCCGGCAACAAAAGGAUGGGUAGGCUUCAGCUGGCUGAAAGUCCUCAUGCGCAUCGCAAAGUUCUACAUCCGUCAGGGGCAGUCCGUCGCCGCGGUGGAUAUCCUCGAACGGGUGCACAGGGCCAGCAUUGAGCUGGGUGAUUGGGACCGCGGAGAUCUAACCAGGAAAGUGGAACAAUAUGGGGUUUUCGAUGAAAGCCGGAGGUUACUGAUGGAGUUCGAGCCCGCCUCUGUGCUUUGUAGGUGUGUGUGAAUAUCCGGUUAAUUAUCUUCUCGCUUAUUUUCUUCUUUCGUUAUCCCGGUGGUCCGGAUGGAGUGUGACUUUGUAUGAUAGAUAGUAUGGGUGGUCCAUGCCGCGGUAGUGUAGAGAUACUAUUAUGAUA